AUGGACGCCCACACCUUCAACGCCACGGGCCUCACUGACCGCGUGCCAGCUCUCACCUUCCUGCGCUGCCGCUUCAAGGACAACAGUUCGCCGAACCACCUGGGCGGGGCGAUUAGGGUGGCGGGGACGGCCAGGCUGCGGUUCGAGGAGUGCGUGUUCGAUGGGAACAGCGCUGGCGUUUCUGGGGGAGCCAUCUACGCUAUAGACGCCGCCUUCACUUUCGUUAGAGCCACCCUAAACUACAACAAGGCUCUCGGCACCUCCAAUCUCAACAGCAUCACCUCUGGCGAAGGCGGUGCGGCCUAUGCUGCGGCGUCGGGACGAAACUCUGAGGCUGCGGUGCGCUUCUGCUCGUCGACCUUCCAGGCCAACACCGCCAAGUUCACAGACGGCAGCACGCUGUACAUGGAGACUGGCUGGGGAUCGUCGUGGGCGGCAGUGUUGUCAAUUUGCGACGGGAACAAGCCGACUGGCACGGUGGUGCCCACGACUGGAUGGAAGCUGGUGACCGGCUGCCCAGCCAGUACCUCGUGUGGUACUCUGCUCUGUUCACUACCCACACUCAACUUCUCCCUCAUUCUACCCCCCACCUUCCCCUUGCAUGACUCGUGUUCUUACGGCUCUCCUCAUGCUCUCCCAUCUCCACUCCCUGUGCUGCUUCCCAUGCCUCUCCCGUCUCGCCUCUCUCCCCCUUUUCCUCUGUCCAAGCAGCACCUGUAA